AUAUAAUCGAAUUGCUCCUCAACGGCAUGAGACUCGCCAUUUGAGCUCGAAUAUACUCAGUUCUCUUGGAAAAAAAUAAAAGAAAUUAGUCGUUUCAACAUUACGGGAGACCAGGAUUUGGGGUGCAAGUUUAAGAUUCAGGAUCCUAAGAUGGGUUCGAGACUUCUACGGAGCAUUGGUCGUGGGUAUUCACAUUCACAGAGGAGGUUUCUAUAUCCAUGUUCUGCGGCCACACAUUAUUCGUUACUUAAAUUUGCUUUGUCUUCUUCAUCGAGUCCUGCUAGUUGGGAACCUAAGCCCCUUUUUACUAGUCCUGCGAAUAUCAGAUUUUUUACUGCCUCGCCAGGCUCAUCAAAAAUUGUGGUAGUGAAUUCAGAUUCAGAAUUCUCAAAUUUGCUAAGCAAAGCUCAAGAGGACAAGGGUCUCGCAGUUGCCUAUUUUACAGCAGUUUGGUGUGGGCCAUGUCGAACAAUAGCUCCUCUGGUUGACAACUUGAGCACGAGCUAUCCCAAUGUGACAUUUAUGAAACUAGACAUAGACCAGGAAAAUCUUUCAAACACCUUGAGAAAUUCAGGAGUUUCAUCAGUGUUCCUCAAAAGUUUGUAGUCGCUGUUGACAUGACUCUGUUUGAAAGUCUUCUCUCCAACUUUCCAUUUCUACAAAAAUGGUGCAAAGGUCGCAGAUCUUAUUGGAGCAGAUCCUGGCCACUUAAAGGAAAUUAUUGGAAAUCUAUCAGAUUGAUAAUUUUCAGUUCCUACUGAAAUUUAAUUAAAACAGCGAGCUGUGGUUCCAAGAUAGUCAUUUUGAAGUUGUACCUUUGCAAGUAGAUGUAGUUAUAUUUUUAAGUGUCAGAAAGUGCUUAGUUUCUAUAGCAUAAUGAUUGUACUUGAAAUAUUUAUAGGUUAUAUAUCUGUGUAUUAAUGGAAACAUAUUUGAUGCUCUAGAGACCAUCAUGCAGAGUGACAAUAGAUUACCAGUUGUUUUCACAAUGUUUUGGUAUCUUUUACUUGUUGAUUCUGAUUGGUACCAGGCAGGGGAAUGAUGAUGUAACUUUUUGGGUCACAUGAGAGCCAUGUAAGUCA